AUGUACUUAAAUGCCCUACCUGUCACCAUACUGUUCCUAUGCACCCUGGCGUCAGUUGACAGCUCCCUCAAGAUCGGAGCUUUCAAUAUAAAAUGGCUGACCUGGUCCAAGGUCAAUGACCCGGAUGUGUUGAGAUCAUUGAAACUGAUUCUUCCGCGAUACGAUGUAGUGCUUAUACAAGAGGUCCGAGGUGACGCCGAUUCUAUAGCCGAGAAGCUGGUCCGUGAACUGAACUCCCAGCAAAAUGCGUCAGUUUAUGUUCCCCUAGUGAGCAGUAAAGUUGGGAGAACAAACUACAAGGAGCAAUAUAUAUUCCUCUACAGGUUGUAUUCUCUCAGCGUGAGAAGUGCCAGCCAUUUUGAUGAUGGCUCUGAGGAACUGGGUACCGACUUGUUUGAGCGGGAGCCGUACAUCCUGGUGGCCCACUCUGAUAACACACGGGUGAAGGAUUUUGCUAUCAUUGGUCUGCACGCUAAGCCUGAAGAUGUUAGUCAUGAGCUGGCCAGACUUGGGCAAGUUGUGGACGAUACCUGUCGGACAUACCGCAUCGAGAACGUGAUCAUAGCUGGAGAUCUGAAUGCUGAUUGUAGUUAUCUCAGCGCAUCGGCUCAGGCUGCGUCCCCACUGUUUACUAACUCUAGCUACACCUGGCUCAUUGACAGAGGGUCGGACACAACUGUGGGUGCAAAUACCUGUGCUUAUGACAGGUUCAUAAUUACGGGAUACCGAGUCAAUAGAUACCUGAUCUCAGGCAGCGUGCAAGCCUACAACUUCAGAGAAGCACAAAGCCUCACUGUAGAUCAGGCACAUGCUGUUAGUGACCAUUAUCCGAUUGAGAUGGAACUGGAGUGA